AUGAUAUAUUCGAAGUUAGAUUUUUUUUCUUCUCCUUUUUCAUUCAAUACAGGUAAUCAAUAAACUAAGAGAGGUACAUUAUUUGGUACAGCGCUCUCAUUUUUUAUCUUUGUGAUAACAUUAUCCUACUUUGUCUACAUAAUAAAAUAGUAUGUUAACAACUAAAUAGAGCCUACAUUUAGGUCUUAAAGCUUCAUUAAUAACGACUUGAUCUCAGUUCCACUUAGCAGUGACUUUGUUGGAUUUAGAUUUGAAAAUGGAAAUAAUUAGAGCACAUAAUCCCCAGAUAAGAUCUACUUAGUUUAUUUGGCUUUCUUUUUUUAUAGUUCUCCUAAUGAUAAUCAAUACAUACCACUAAAAGUAAUCGAUUGUACUAAUUCUAAUCUUAAAGGAUUUAAGUGCCUUGAUUUUACCAAUGUAUAUAAUUAUACAUUUUCUCUUAACACUAAUUAGAACAUUAAGUCAUCAGUUUAGAUCCUUACUUAUGGUUGUAGAGAUAUUGAUACUUUAAAGACUUUUGUUCCUAAUAAUUGCGCUGAAUAAGAUGAAAUUGACAGUAUGAUUAAUGGCAUAAACUCUGUUUUAAGGUUUAAGCUUUAUACAUCUUAAUACAAUACUACCUCUUAAAGGAUAGAGGAAAGAUAUAGAAAUGCUUAGAUUUUUACCAUAGCGAGUUAAUCCAUAGUAACAUAAUUGAAAACUCAAAAUUAAAACACUUCUAUAAAAUAAGGUUUAAUAGUUUAAACAGAAUCAAACUUUAAUUCACCAAUUCAAUAUAGUUAAUAAGAUUUAGGCUAUGAUAGGUAAUACGCCCUAAUAUAGGUUGGAGGUGGCGCGUAUAGCGUGGCAUUAAUUUAUAUUGAUGAAAUAGUUUAACAAAUAUAAAUUUAAUAUCCUACAUUGCCAUAAGUGUUUGCACUCGUAAAUGGUAUUUUUUCUCUCUUGAUGUUUACAGGUAUUUUUGCUAGAAUGGUUUCAUAAAAUUCGAUAAGAAAAGACCUUUUCUUAUUAUUUUUAAAAAAUAUAUACCAAGACAGUUAUUUACAGAUUAUAAAAAACACCAAAAACUUUCAAUAGGCAGAUGAAGAAGUUGUUGAAUCAAAAAUAGAUGAAUAAGAUGUGUAAGAAUAAAAAGAAUGCGAUUUAGAAUCAAAAAGCGAUAAAGAAAAGUUUUGUGAUUAGCCAAUAAUAAUACCAACUUUUAAAAAUAAAUAGAAAACAUUAUUAGAAUAAGAUCAAUAUAAUAAUAGUAUUUCUAAUAACAUAGAAAAUAUCAUUUUAAAUGCUUAAAAUAAUAAUUAAAAAAUUAAUAACUAAUCAAAUGAAUAAAUUAAUAAUUUUAUGUCUUAAGGAGCCUAAAAUAAUUUAAAUAUUAAAUAGAAUUUUAUCACAGAGACGGAAUCAAUAAUUUAGUCAGUAAUAGGUGUCGAGUAGAAGAGUUUUCAAAGAGAUUUUUUAAGUAAUAAUUCGCCAUAAAAUACUAGCUUGAUGAAAUUUGUUUUAAAUAAGUAAUCAAAUUUUUAAUAGUAUUAAAUGAAGGAGAAAAAUAGCACAUUAUCCUAAAGUAGCUAAGUUUUGAUAUAAAAUUUUAAUGCAAUUAAAACUACUAAAUGCACAUACAAAAUAAAAGAAGAUAUUCCUUAGAAAAAUUUUUAGAAAUCAGGAUAAAAAGAAGGUGGCAUCAGUAAACUUUAAUUAUAAAAAGUUGAAUACUAAAUUAAGAAAGAUUUAAAUAUUUUAAACUUCAUACAAGAUAUAAUUCUAUUGAAAAAAGCUGUCAUGAUGUUAUUGACAAAAGAUUAGCUAGCAGCGAUGCACUUAAUAGGUUGUUCUUAAAGUUUUUUAGAAUUAAAUUUAAGCAGUAAAAAUUGCAAUUUAAAUUAACUAGAAUACAGGAAUAAGUUAAGCCAUUAUGAAAUGUAAUUUGCUAUUUCAUAAUCGAAAUAAUUCUAAGAGUAAUAUUUAUCAGAAUUUUUGCAAAGAUGUACUAAUGUUGAAAAUACAAGCGAACUUGAUUAAAGAAUUGUGCAGACUAUUUAAAAAUAUAAUUUAAAUGUAAUAAAAAACAGUUCUGAAACAGGUUUCGAACCUGAAAAAACAAAAAAAUAAGAAAAAAGUGUUUACUCAAAAAUUUAAUUAGACUUAUUUUCAUCUCAAUUCUAGUUUGGCAUUGGCAGCAAAUAAAAAAAGAAAGGUACUCUCUUUGGGACCAUUUUAUCUUUGGUAGUUGUGAUCACUACAUUCUCUUACUUCGUUUACAUUUUAAAACUAUACGUCAAUAAUGAAAUAGACCCAAAUUUCAAGACUUAAAGCUUCAUUACUGAAGGAUAAAUAGAUAUUGGUAUGGAUAAUAACUAUGUCGGUUUCUAAUUUAAAUAUGGCAUUUAACCAAACUAGAAUUAGACAUACUUUUAGUACUAUGCCUUCUAUUAUUUGUAAGACCAUGAUAAUUAUACUAUGAUACCUUUAAAUAUAAUAGACUGCGCAAGCCCAAGUCUUACAGGCUUUCUCUGCUUGGAUUUCUCUAAUAUAACAAAUCAUUUGUUGAGCCUCAAUACUAAAGGAAACUCAGGGUCAUAACUAUACAUUUUCACUUAUAGAUGCAUAGACACAGACUAAGUAAAGACGACUGUACCUGAUAAUUGCGCUAGCGAAGCAGAUAUCAAUAAUAUGAUUGAUAAUAUUAACUCAGGUAUAGAAUUUAAACUAUUUACUUCUUAAUACAACACAACUUCUCAACAGAUUCAAGUUAACUAUAGAAAUGCCUUUAUAAACCCGCUUUCAAGUCAGUAAGUAUUAACCUACUUAAAGUCACAGAAACAAAUUACUUCUAUUCAGUAAGGAGCUUUUAUUUAGUAAUCUACUUCGUUUUCAUCUAAUGGUAUUUUUUCUCUUUUGAUGCUUACAGGCAUUUUUGGGAGAAUGGCUUCAUAAAAUUCGAUAAGAAAAGACCUUUUCUUACUAUCUUUAAAAAAUAUAUACCAAGACAGUUAUCUACAGAUUAUAAAAAAUACUAAAAAUUUUCAAUAGAUAGAGGAAAAAGUUGAGUUAGAUAUAGAUGAAUAAGAUUUGUAAGAAUAAAAAUAAUGCUAUUAAGAUUCAAAAAGUGAUAAAGAAAAAAAAUUAAUUGGUGUCUGUCUUGUCUAGCAGAAGAAUUUUCAAAGAGAUUUCUUAACAUUAAGUGAAGCAGAGAAAUAGCACAAUAGCAGAGUAGCUAAAUUUUGA